AUGUAUGGAUCUCUUUGUAUAUCGUUUUUUCUAUGUUUAUUAUUAUUAUUAUUUGAUAAAAAUUAUUGUCAAUUUGAAUGGAUUACGUAUGAUAAAAUAGAUGAAAUUAUGGAUAGAAUAAAUUCUGUUAAUCGUGAUAAUUGUUUUCAGAAACAACCAAAUGAACUUGUUUUACCUGAAGAAGCUGUUUAUCAAAAACCAUCUAUUGAAUUGCUUAGAAAUGAUAUUAUUAUGAAAAAUCGUACACAAUUAUUACAUGUAAGAAAUAUUGCUCAUCGAAAUGCUCUUUUAUAUAGUUAUUUAUUUCAACGUUUAUUCGAUUUUGAAGAACCCGGUCUUACAUAUAUACUUUUACAUAAUGCUGCUGAUGUAACUGCUGGUGGUAGUAUGAUAAAUGGUUCAGGAAUUUUUUUUGAUCAAGAUAAAUAUUAUCCACAUUGGUAUAAAAAUUUUUUUAAUAAAACAAUUCCAUUAUUUGGUCCAUAUGCAUGGCGAGCAGAUGAUUUCUAUGAUGCCUUUAAUUGGAAAAAUGAAUGGACAAAUCAUACGAUUCAACAAGAAGAUAUUGGUGCAGGUGGUAAUCAUCAAUAUACAUCACGAUAUAAUCGUGCUAAUGAAUGGUAUUAUAAAUGGUUACCAGAUUCAAUACAAGAUGAUCAAGAAAAAGAAGUUCAUCCUUACAAUGUUACAAUGUCGCCGUCUUUUGUGGCUAUUAACAACGAUGAUAAAAAAGAAAACAAUCAAGGAGAAAUAAAUGAUGAAAAAAAAAAUGAUACUGAUGAUGCAAAUAAAAAACGUAAACCUGUACAUACAGUUCAAUUAUUAUUGGCUGAAAGAAUGUAUAAACUUUAUGAUGUAACAGAAACUAUUGAAUUUUAUGGGCCACCACAUCCAGAAGAUCCACAAGGUCCAACUCUUUGGACACGUCCAUAUUUUGAUUGUGGUCGAUCAAAUAAAUGGAUAAUUAGUGCUGUUUCACCUAUUGUUGAUAUUUAUCCACGACAUACAACAUAUAGACAUUUUCAAUCUAUGCGUAAUUUAGCAGUUGCUGUAACUAAUAUUGAUUUUAUUAUGAUGGAUAUAAAUCAAUGUUCGGAAAUUAAUCAAAUAAAUAGAAAAUUAAAUUUAUUUGCUGGAACAAAUAAAUGUAAACCAACAACACGUUGUGAACCAUUAUUUGGUUUUGGAUUUCGACGUGGUGGUUAUCAAUGUCUUUGUCAACCUGGUUUUCGUUAUCCACCAUAUCAAGAUGGACCUUUUAAAGGUUAUAUUAUUGAAAAAGCUACACAAGAAGAAUAUGCUAAUAAUUUUGAUUGUCUUAAAGUUGAAUUAUAUCAACAAUAUCCAAAAUAUUUCUAUCAAUCAAAUAUUGAAUUAUUUGCUGGUCGUAAACGUCGUUCGAAUGAUGAUCUAUCAAAUAGAUCGAUUUAUAAUAAUCUAAGUAAAAAUUUUAUUCUACCACUAUUGAUUGAUUCUGUAUCAAAAGUAAAUAUAAUAGCUACAUUAUUAACAUCAUCAUCAUCUUUAUUUAAAUCAUCUAUUCAUCGAAUUGCGUCAUUUUCUAGUAAAAUUUUCAUUGGUUUUGUUAAUAAUAAACAUGAAGAUCAUAUAAAAAAACAUCGUGCAAAACGUUUUGCCUAUGAAUAUUCAACACGUGUUGCAUCGAUAAUGAAACAUUAUGAUUAUCUUAAUUAUAAUCCACAUAUAUGUGAAUUCAUGACUGAAGAGGAAUUAUCAAUGCCAGGUGAUGUUUUAUAUGAUGUUGAUAUUCAAUUUGAAUCUCAAGCACGUUUAGCAUUAACAUUAUCACAUUUUCUAUCAAGUUUUUAUCAAAUUGUUAAUCCAGCUGAAGAUUUUCCAUUACGUAAAGCUGAACUUGAUUUAACUGACGAACAAUUAAUUGGUGAAGUCUUAGCUGCAGCUGGUAGUGAUUAUAAAGUUGUUGGUAUUGGAAUUUUUUUUGAUCGUGGAAAAUUUCGAAAUUAUCGUUUACCUUAUUUUGGACCGUAUGCUUUUCGAAUGGAAAAUGAUAUUAGUCAAAACUAUACUGUUAUUGAUUGGGCAGGAUUACCUGAUGGUUAUGAAAACGAAAUUUGGUUUCGAACAAUGAAAACUCGAUGGGCAACAAAUGCUGAUCGUUCAGAAUUAACUGAGUAUUGGCUUAAAUUAUUUAUUCGAGCAGAUUAUGCUGGUAAUGCAUUAGUUCAUCAUGAAUCUGGUUUUCCACUUUAUUUUCAUGCACCAGAAUUAAAACAUGGUCAAUGGUUUCCACCAACAUUUCAAUGUAGUAGAAAUUAUGCAUUACCACGUCAAUGGAUUGUUACUUAUGCUGUACCUUUUUUUGGUCUUGAUGUACUUGGAAUUAAUCUUGAAUUUAAAGGUGUAAUACGAAUUGAUACUUAUUUGAGGUAUUUGGAUAUAAAUCAAUGUUCACUGCCUCAUUAUAUACCGAAUGCAUUUAAAGGCAGUGAUCGUUGUGAUUAUCAAAGUACAAUAUGUGAACCAAUAUUUGGUCGUGGUUUUCGUUUAGGUAAAUAUAAAUGUCGUUGUCGACCUGGUUAUGAAUAUCCAUUUAUUGAUCAAAAUGAUUUUUUUAAUGGCGAUGUUAUGGAUAUACAAUGGAAUAUAUUAAUGAGUAAUAAUUCGCGUAUGUCAAGUUUUGAUCAACUUAAAUGUCGUUUAGCUAUUGCUAAUUCAAUCAGACCAAUCAGUUUUAUUCUUCUAGUAUCAAUUUGUGUUUUGUUUAUUAAUGGCAAAUUCUACUGA